AUGCUUGCCUUAUCUCUAUUUUAUAAACCCUUUAGGAAGAAAGAUGUUAGAUAGCAAUCUUUGUCAUUGCUUCAUUCCUCACUGCUGGUCCCUGCUUUUGCUGUUCUCUGCAGAAGGCUGUGAUUGCAUCAGUGACUGCACACAGAUAGUCUUUCAAAUCUAAUUUGUCAUUGACAAAUGUCAGGCUCUGAGCACCGGGAUGUGUUCUUGACAGAGAGAUCGAAGAGGAGUUCAGGCUUUGUGGGACUAACAUCAUUCCAGUAUUUUCUUUUAAGAGAUGUCCUAUGUGAGCAACUCUAUUUCUAAUAUUCCUCCCCAGUUGAUUUGCUUUUACAUUUUGGAACCUUUGAAGUUAGGUCUUGGAGAAAAGGCCACCAGCCAUAGAUACCUGUGCCACUCAGUGGGACACCAGGCUUUCCCAUAUCAUAUCCCCCUCUUCUGCUGAUGGAGGACUCCUUCAGCUCUCUUGGACAAUGCUCGCUCAGUCUCUUGCUACCAAGAGACUAUCGAGAGUCAGUUUUCUGCAGACUUGCCUGAGGAAGAUAGAGAUGAUGAUGAAGGUCCCUACGUGCUGCGGGUUUGCAAAUCUUGCAGCACCUCCUUUCCCUUUGGCUCUUGCUACCCCCAGGGUGCUUUAGAGAGCACUGCAAUUCCUUGUACUGCAUAACCUGUUCCUACCAAAGGCUUGUCUAAAUGCAGGGUAUUGCUGACUGCUUGAGCACUGAUGUUUUUUGCUGAUUAUGGUGACCUCUGGGUCUCUGCCUCUUCCCAUUGGUGCACCAUCUGUGCUCUGUGCUGGCCUUAUCUUCUUACCUCUGUUUGCAUCUUCCUUGCAGGUCUGGAUGGAUGCAGGCACUCAAAUCUUCUUUUCGUAUGCAAUUUGUCUGGGAUGCCUGACAGCUCUGGGCAGCUAUAACAAAUACCAUAACAACUGCUACAGGGACUGUGUGGCCCUCUGCUUCCUCAACAGUGGCACCAGCUUUGUGGCUGGCUUUGCCAUCUUCUCCAUCCUAGGCUUCAUGGCUGGGGAGCAGGGAGUGCCCAUCGCUGAGGUGGCCGAGUCAGGACCUGGCCUGGCAUUCAUCGCCUACCCUCGGGCUGUGGUCAUGCUGCCCUUCUCCCCACUCUGGGCGUGCUUCUUCUUCUUGAUGGUUGUUUUACUGGGACUGGACAGCCAGUUUGUCUGUGUGGAGAGCCUCGUCACAGCUCUUGUGGACAUGUACCCCACCAUCUUCCGCAAGAAGAACCGCCGGGAGACCCUCAUCCUGCUGGUCUCCAUCCUCUCCUAUCUGGUGGGGCUGGUGAUGCUCACUGAGGGUGGGAUGUAUGUCUUCCAGCUCUUUGAUUACUAUGCUGCCAGUGGCAUGUGCCUGCUAUUUGUGGCCAUCUUUGAGACACUCUGCGUUGCCUGGGUCUAUGGUGCUGAGCGUUUCUAUGACAACAUUGAAGAUAUGAUCGGCUACCGGCCAUGGCCCAUCAUCAAAUACUGCUGGCUUUUCAUCACUCCGGCAGUUUGCUUGGCAACCUUCUUGUUUUCUCUGAUCAAAUACACCCCACUGACCUACAACAAGAAAUAUGUGUAUCCGUGGUGGGAUACGCUGGGCUGGCUGCUGGCCCUCUCCUCCAUGGUGUGCAUCCCUCUCUGGAUCGUCUACAAGCUCUUCACCAUCAAAGGUUCCCUCAGAGAGAGGUUCCACCAACUCAUCUGUCCACUAGAGGAUUUGCCUUCCAGGCCAGGCACGGGACAGACUCUUCCUUCCACCAGAUCUGGCCUCCUGAUGCUGACAGAGCUGGAAUCUCACUGCUAGGACCAGUGGGGCUCUCCCUCCCUCCCCCAGGAUGGUUUCUCUGCAGCUUUUAGCACCUGUUGGACAACACAAGGAUUCACUCAUUUAGGAGAAAGGGAUUUCUGGGUUCCCUUCCCUGGAAGAUCUGAAGGGCUGAGGGAGAAGCUGCUGUGGAGAUGAUCUGCGUGGAGUUAGCAAUGCACCUUAAUCCUCUCCCUAAGAGGGCUCUGAAGGGGCAGAUCAAACACCGGUGUUUCAGAGCACCCCCAGCCUUCUGGUGGGCAGAGAAGAAGGACUGAUCAUGGAGUGGAGAGUGCCAGAGUCUCAAAGUUGUGGCUCUGGUGUGGACUGUGGGAGCUCUCCAUUCAUUCCAAUAAAUUCUUGUCUUUCCUCUCUA